GGUGAAAACGAGGCUAAUGAGCCCUCUCUACCUGUAGCCAUUGUUGGUGCAGGUUUGCCGGUGAAGUCCUUCUCACCAUCCGCCUCCAUCCUCCCUUCAGUCACCAUGAAUCGUGCAGCUUACGAGUUGGUCAUCUUCGGGGCACUCUUAGCUUCAUGCUGCACGGCUAAUCAGGGCGCCAUCGGCGGCGAUCUCGUAAACUCGGCCGUCAACCGACAGAUCGACCUCACGUCGCAACUUGCAAAAUUCACUACCACCAUCACUCUGGAAAAUGCAGGCAAAACUGCCACGACUUCCUUCGUGCUGGCCAUCGAUCCUUCUUUGAGAGAUAGACUGUCUUUUAUUGGAGCGACGACUAAGGAUGACGAAGCAGAAAAGCUGUCCGUCACCCAGACGACCGUCCCAGGAAGAACCACGGAUGUGUUGUUCCGUGUGGACCUACCCAAGGCUCUGGGCGCUGGUCAGUCCACCACGGUGAACGUGGAGGAGGCGUACACCCACGCACAGACCCCAUAUCCCGCCCAAAUCACCCAGGCAGAGGACCAGCUGGUCCUGUUCAAGGGAAACCUGCACUUCUACUCCCCCUACAAGACCCAGUCUGAGACCACCACUGUCAAACUCGCCUCCAACAAGAUCGAGUCACACACCAAGACAAAGGCCAAGGUCGAGGACAGCUCCAUCGUGUAUGGACCGUUCGAGAAUGUCGAGGCCUUCUCUCAGGAGAAGCUGCAGAUCCACUAUGAGAACAACACGCCAUUCCUCGCGGUUACCAGCCUGGUACGCGUGAUCGAGGUCUCACACUGGGGAAACAUCGCCGUGGAGGAAACCUACGAUGUACGCCACUCAGGCGCCCGCCUCAAGGGCUCGUUCUCUCGCUACGACUACCAGCGCCAACUGGACGGCAGGUCCUCCGUCAAGUCCUUCAAGACGAUCCUCCCGGCCGCGGCACGUGAUGUGUAUUACCGUGACGAGAUCGGGAACAUCUCCACGAGUAACCUGAAUGAGCAGGACGACGCCGUUGAGCUGGAGUUGCGUCCCCGCUUCCCGCUGUUCGGCGGCUGGAAAACCCACUACUAUAUCGGGUACAACCUGCCCAGCUACGAGUACCUGUACAACUCAGGUGAUGAGUACGCUCUCCAGAUGCGAUUUGUCGACCAUGUCUACGAUGAUCAGGUGAUUGAUGACAUCACGGUCAAGAUUAUCCUGCCUGAGGGGUCCAAAAAUGUGGACCUGUCCGUGCCCUUCCCCGUGGACCGCCAUCCCGAUGAGCUCCACUUCACGUACCUGGACACGUUUGGUCGCCCCGUCGUCAUCGCACACAAGUCCAACCUGGUGGAGCAGCACAUCCAGGACUUUACUCUCCGCUACUCGUUCCAGAAGCUGCUGCUGCUGCAGGAGCCUCUCCUGGUCGUCUUCGCGUUCUACAUCCUCUUCUUCACCGUCAUCAUCUACGUCCGCCUCGACUUCGCCAUCUCCAAGGACGAGGCAAGUGAGUCCCGUAUGCGGAUGCAGGGUCUGCUGGACCAGCUCCAGGCCGCGCAGGACAAGCGCACCUCGCUCUACCAGCGCUACGAGGACGCCAUCGCCAAGUUCAAGUCCACCAAGGACCUGGCAGGCUUCACGGGGAGUCGUAAGAAGAUUGACGCGGAGCACAAGGAGCUGAGCAGCACCAUCAAGGAGCUGCAGGGCAAACUGAAGCUGGAGAGCACUGACAUGGCGGAGAAGGUUGGUGAGCUGCAGAAGCUGGACUCUAACCUGAAGGACCAGAUCGUGCUGUCCAUCUCGCUGGCAGAGAAGGUGGUGGCGGGGAAGAUGGGCAAGCAGCAGUACAUCGACAACGAGAAGGUGUACUCCGCCAAGCGCGAGGACAUCAUGGGAAAAACAGAAACCCUCCUCAGCUCACUCUAACUCUGUCACUACCAGCAAGCCACCAAGGAUAGAUUAUGUCUGUUGCUGUCUAUGAUGAAAAUUAUCAGAGAAACAAUUAUUACUGCAAGUAAAUAAUCACUUUAUGUCUUAAGCAUGUAAAAUCAUCACCUGGGCAAAACACAAACCUUCUCAUUUCCUUGUAACUUUGUACAAGCCUAGCCUAAACCAACAGGCCUCUAACAUACUGAUCAUGAUGUCUGUUGUUGUUGGCUUCUGUCUACAAAUGUAACAUACAGUACAAUUGAUUUGUAUGCAAUAAAUAGAGAAUCCAUAGCUUGGUGAUAUAGCAAGCAUGGAACUAUUGUGCAAGAACCUUGUAACAAGACUUAAAGGAAUGAGCUCACUACUUCCGAGGGAGAAGACAUGACUUUGGACACUUGAUGGUAGCAAGUAGGUUUCGCCGGUACCCAGUGAUGUUUGUAUUUUUGUACACAAGUCAAAUUGUGUAGGGCUUGUCAAAGGAUUGAGAGAAACCAGCAUUGGUAGCUUCACGGUUUUGACGACAAAAUAAAACAGACCCUUUUAUAAACUAUCUUUUGUAGUCUUUGUGUUUGUUUGACAGUCACGACAUACAUGUACAAAGAACAGUAAUUCCUUCCUUGUUUGCUUCUCCUUUCCUGUCCCAAGUUUCAGUAUGGCAAAUGUUAGACUUUCUCCUUGAUCCCAAGGGAGUAUUGCAAGGAGCUGAAGUCUGCCAUGUUAGUGCCUUGUUCUUCCUUUUUUACAUGUUGUACUUCUAUUAUCUGAAGGACAGAUAAUCAGAAAUUCAGGACACUGCAAUGCUUGGAUACAAUAGUCUUCAUGGAUUUUAUUAAGUCCAGAAAUGAAAACAAUACAUUUCUUGUUUACAGUAUGAACUCUGUUUACUUUGAUGUGGAAGUACACUGGGAAAUCUGAUUAACUGUCAAGUAUAUCUGACAUGACAAUGAAGGUGCAGCAACUGGAAUAAUGCUAUACGUAACAUACAUGGAAGUAUGCUCUUUCAAAUGACAUUAAUGCUACAUGAAAAAGGAGGCUGCCAUUACAAAAAAA